CGAGCGAGUUCUUCCUCCUCCUUCUCCUCCUCCUCGUGUCUUAUCAGCGCCUUCACUCACUUCCUGGUUCUUAACGCCCCAGACUCGGGUGCAAGCGCGCGCCCCCCGCACGCCCCGCACUGUGGAGCCAGCAGACCCGGGCUGUGUGUGCGCGGACACCUGUGUGUGUGGACGCGCUUGCAGGACCUCAGCACGGACCUCCUCCCGGGACCCAGCGGCUCCUCCUGAAACUGUCCCCGGACUCCGAGGGGGUUUUCCCGGCGAGCUGUCAUGCACAACCCGGCAGUGAGUCCGAGCAGGGCUGAGCCCGGUCGGCCGUGAAGAGUUGCUCCCCUCCGGUCUCUUCUCCGGUCUCCCCUCCGGCUGACACUUGCUCCUCUCCCCCGGGGGUCCGCGGUGCUUCUCUCCGGCUCCACCUGCGGGUUUCCUCUCCCUCCGGCAGAAUGUCCGAGUCUGCGUCCAGCUUCCUGCACAUCGGGGAUAUCUUGUCCCUGUACGCGGAGGGAUCCGUGAAUGGCUUCAUCAGCACCCUGGGGUUGGUCGACGACCGUUGUGUGGUCGAACCGGCUGCCGGAGAUCUGGAGAACCCUCCGAAGAAGUUCAGGGACUGCCUGUUCAAGGUUUGUCCCAUGAGCCGGUACUCGGCUCAGAAACAGUUCUGGAAAGCCAAACAAGCCAAACAUGAGAAGGACAAGAUCUCUGACAUGGUUCUGCUUCAGAAACUACAGCAUGCAUCCAACCUGGAGCAGAAGCAGAACGAGACGGAAAACAAGAAGGUCCACGGAGACGUCGUCAAAUAUGGAACCGUCAUCCAGCUGCUGCACAUGAAGAGCAAUAAAUACCUGACGGUAAACAAACGGCUGCCGGCUCUGCUGGAGAAGAACGCCAUGCGAGUCACGCUGGACGGGACGGGAAACGAAGGCUCCUGGCUCUUCAUCCAGCCGUUCUGGAAGCUCCGAGCCAACGGCGACAAUGUGGUGGUCGGAGAUAAAGUGAUCCUGAACCCGGUGAACGCCGGGCAGCCGCUGCACGCCUCCAACUACGAGCUGACCGACCACCCGGGCUGCAAAGAGGUCAACUCUGUGAACUGCAACACCAGCUGGAAGAUCAACCUGUUCAUGAUGUUCAGCGACCACCGGGAAGAGGUUCUCAAAGGAGGCGACGUCGUGCGUCUGUUCCACGCCGAGCAGGAGAAGUUUCUGACGUGUGACGAGUACAAAAGCAAAGUCCACGUCUUCCUGCGAACGACUCUGAGGCAGUCGGCAACGUCGGCGACCAGCUCCAACGCUCUGUGGGAGGUCGAGGUCGUCCAUCAUGACCCGUGCCGUGGGGGGGCGGGCCACUGGAACAGCCUCUACCGCUUCAAACACCUGGCCACUGGAAACUACCUGGCUGCCGAGGAGAACCCUGGGUAUAAAGGAGACAACCCGGAGCUGUCGUCGUCGAUGGAUGGUAACCGUAACAACAAACGCUCCCACGGCGAGAGGAUCAAGUACAAGCUGGUGAUGGUGCCUCAUGGGAACGACAUCGCCUCGCUGUUCGAGCUCGACCCCACCACGCUGCAGAAAACCGACUCUUUUGUGCCACGGAACUCGUACGUGCGGCUGAGGCACCUGUGCACCAACACGUGGAUCCAGAGCACCAACGUCCCCAUCGACAUCGACGAGGAGCGGCCCAUCAGGCUCAUGCUGGGAACGUGUCCCACAAAAGAAGACAAGGAGGCCUUCGCCAUCGUCUCCGUUCCUGUGAUGGAGAUCAGAGACCUGGACUUCGCCAACGACGCCAGCGCCAUGCUGAGCACCGUGGUGGAUCAGUUCAGCCGCGGCUUCAUCAGCCAGAACGACCGCAGGUUUGCCCUCAAGCUGCUGGAGGACGUGGUCUUCUUCGUGGCCGACGUCAUAAACAGCGAGCAGCCGGUCCUGGACGUGGUCAUGAGCAAACCCAACCGCGAGAGGCAGAAGCUGAUGAGGGAGCAGAACAUCCUGAAACAGAUCUUCGGCAUCUUGAAGACUCCCUUCAAGGAGCGGGGGGGAGGCGAGGGGCCGCUGCUGCAGCUGGAGGAGCUGGCCGACCAGAAGAACGCUCCGUACCAGUACAUGUUCCGGCUCUGCUACCGAGUCCUGCGGCACUCGCAGGAGGACUACCGCAAGAACCAGGAACACAUUGCGAAGCAGUUUGGCGUCAUGCAGAGUCAGAUCGGUUACGACAUUCUGGCCGAGGACACCAUCACCGCCCUGCUGCACAACAACCGCAAGCUGCUGGAGAAACACAUCACCAAGACCGAGGUGGAGACCUUCGUCAGCCUGGUCCGCAAGAACCGGGAGCCCAGGUUUCUGGACUACCUGUCGGAUCUCUGUGUGUCGAACAACGUGGCCAUCCCCGUCACCCAGGAGCUGAUCUGUAAAUGCGUGCUGGAUCCCAAAAACCAGGACAUCCUCAUCAAGACGGACCGUCGCAUGCCGAAAGAUGCCCCGUCUGGUGGUGUUCAGGGAGAGUACAUGGGGAUGGACGACUACGGAGACGAGGAUGAGGUGUGGCUGAUGUGGAUGGACAAGACCAACGAGAGACAGGAGAAGAGCAUCAGGCAGCUGGCUCAGGAGGCACGUCAAGGAAACGCUCACGACGAGAACGUCCUCACCUACUACAGGUACCAGCUGAAGCUCUUCGCCCGCAUGUGUCUGGACCGCCAGUACCUGGCCAUAGACGAGAUAUCCAAGCAGCUGGACGUGGAGCUCAUCUUCCUCUGCAUGAUGGACGAGACGCUGCCCUUCGACCUGCGCGCGUCCUUCUGCCGCCUCAUGCUCCACGCCCACGUAGACCGGGACCCUCAGGAGCUGGUGACCCCCGUCAAAUUUGCCCGCCUCUGGACGGAGAUCCCCACCUCCAUCACCAUCAAAGAUUAUGACUCCAACAUGGAUGACAGCCGAGACAAUAAGAAGAACCGCUUCGCCAACACGAUGGUGUUCAUGGAGGAGUACCUCAACAACGUCCUGAACGAUGAAAUGCCGUUCCACGACGAGGAGAAAAACAAGCUCACAUAUGAGGUGGUGAGUUUGGCCAGACACCUGAUCUACUUUGGUUUCUACAGUUUCUUUGAGCUGCUCAGGCUCACCAGGACUCUGCUGGGCAUCAUCGAUUGUAGACCGGGUCUUGGACAUGCUGGCCCCAUAUUCCACGAUGAGGGAGCAGGGAAGAAUGUGAAGCGCUCCAUACACGGGAUGGGUCAGAUGGUUUCCACCAUGGUCCUCAGCAGGAAACCUUCCUUGUUUGGAGGCUCGGGCGCCAGGGGCUCAGGUCUGGGGGGCGGGCUUGGGCUCGAUGGACAGAAAGGCAGCAAAGACAGUAUUGAUAAUUUGAACCUGACAGUGAUGGAUACCAAGCUGAAGAUACUGGAGAUAUUACAGUUCAUCCUGAACGUCCGUCUGGACUACCGCAUUUCCUUCCUGCUGUCCGUCUUCAAGAAGGAGUUUGUGGAUGUUUAUCCCAUGGCUGACGCGGACGCCACCACUAAUACGGAGCAAGCAGCCUCCAUCAACCUGCAGCGCAUCGGCGACCAGGCGGAGGCCAUGUUCGGAGUGGGGAAGGGGAACAGCAUCCUGGAGGUGGACGAUGAAGGCGGCCGGAUGUUCCUGCGGGUGCUGGUCCACCUCACCAUGCACGAGUACGCUCCUCUGGUGUCCGGAGCGCUGCAGCUGCUCUUCAGGCACUUCAGCCAGAGACAGGAAGUGCUGCACACCUUCAAACAGGUGCAGCUGCUGAUCUCAGCUCAGGAUGUGGAGAACUACAAGCUGAUCAAGGCCGACCUGGAUCGCCUCCGGACGCUGGUUGAGAAGUCUGAGCUGUGGGUGGAGAAGAAGAGCUCGGGUGGAGGAGAUGGGAAGAAGGACAAGAAAGAAAAGAAGGAGAAAGGAGAGGGGGCAUCACAGGAAGCAACGCCCAAAAAAGAGAAGCCGGAGAAGAGUAACGAGAACUACCAGAAUGUCAAAGAGAUCCUGGAGCGGCUGAAUAAGAUGUGCAGCAUCGGAGUCUGGAAGAAGCAGCAGAGGUUGCUGAAGAACAUGGGAGCUCAUAAAGUCAUGCUGGACCUGCUGCAGGUGUCCUACGACAAGAAUGACGUGAAGAUGCAGGAGAUCAUCAAGUACACUCACCUGUUCCUGCAGAGGUUCUGUAUGGGGAACCAGGAGAACCAGGCUCUGCUGCACAAGAACCUCAACCUGUUCCUCAACCCUGGGCUGCUGGAAGCAGAGACGGUGCAGCACAUCUUCAGUAACAACUACCAGCUGUGCAGCGAGAUCUCCGAGAGCGUCCUGCAGCACUUCAUCCACUGCCUGGCCACGCACGGCCGCCACGUCCAGUACCUCAACUUCCUGCACACCAUCAUCAAGGCCGAGGGCAAGUACGUGAAGAAGUGCCAGGACAUGAUCAUGACCGAGCUGACGAACGCCGGUGAGGACGUGGUCGUCUUCUACAACGACAAAGCCUCCUUUAACGUCAUGUUGGAGCUGAUGGCUGAAAGCAGGGAGGGCGUCAGCGAGAGCAGCCCGCUCAGGUACCACAUCUCUCUGGUGGAGCUGCUGGCUGCAUGCGCCGAGGGGAAGAACGUGUACACGGAGAUCAAGUGCACCUCGCUGCUGCCCCUGGAGGAUGUGGUCCGGGUGGUGACCCACGAGGACUGCAUCACAGAGGUGAAAACCGCCUACGUGAACUUUGUGAACCACUGCUACGUGGACACGGAGGUGGAGAUGAAGGAGAUCUACACGUCCAACCACAUCUGGAGACUGUUCGAGGACUUCACAGUGGACAUGGCUCGGGUUUGUAAUAAGCGCGAGAAACGUCUUACUGAUCCCAUCCUGGAGAAAUACAUAAUCAACGUGGUGUUUGACACCAUCAACGCCUUCUUCAGCUCCCCGUUCUCUGAAAACAGCACCUCUCUGCAGACUCAUCACACCAUCGUCGUCCAGCUGCUGCAGUCGUCCGUCAGACUGCUGGACUGUCCCUGGCUGCAGCAGCAGCACCGAGCACAGGUGGAGACCUGCAUCAAGACGCUGGCUAUGACGGCUAAAAGCCGGUCCAUCUCUCUUCCUCUGGAGCUGGAGGCUCACAUCAGCUCCAUGUUGUCCACUUCGGCUAUGAGCUUGUUGUCCAGAUCCAGCGCCAGCUACAAGUCCACGUCACGCUCCUCCAGACCCAUCGCCUCCAGCAACCCCUGGGACUACAAGAACAUCAUAGAGAAGCUGCAGGACAUCAUCAACACUCUGGAGGAGCGCCUGAAGCCGCUGGUGAACGCUGAGCUGUCGGUGUUGGUGGACGUCCUCCACCAGCCGGAGCUGCUGUUCCUGGAGGGAACCGACGCAUGGCAGCGCUGCGAGGCCGGAGUAUUCAUCUCCAAGUUGAUCCAGCACACCAAGGCUCUGAUGUCCUCUGAGGAGAAGCUGUGCAUCAAGGUCCUGAGGACGCUGCAGGAGAUGCUGAUCAGGACGCUGGACUUUGAUGAAAAGGGAGUUGCUCUGCGGAAAGUGUUGCUGCAGAACUACUUGUUUCCAAACGGGAAGAACAACCCGAAGAACGACUUGGUUGAGCUGGUAACUGCAGGUGGUGAGCAGGAACGCGACUCGGCGAUGGUGGUGGCCAGCCAGUGUCGCCUGGACCGAGAAGGAGGGACGAAGCUGUUCACAGAUCUGGUGAUGAGCACCAAGAACGACAAGAUCUUCCAGGAGAGCAUCCAGCUGGCCAUCUGUCUGCUGGAGGGAGGAAACACAGAGAUACAGAACUCCUUCUACAAACUGAUGAUGGGCGACAACAAGUCGGAGAAGUUCUUCAAAGUCCUUGACGACCGGAUGAAAGAAGCCCAGACGGACAUCAAAGCGACGGUCUCUGUCAACGUUAGUGAGAUGACGUACAAGGCCAGCGAGAAGGAGCUGGAGACUGCACUUCCAGCUCCAGGUCACCCGCUGUUGUCCCAGGGUCAGUCCAUCGCUCCCAUCGCGGUGACCUCCGCCCUGCCGGCUCAGCCCGCGGCGGAGCAGCGGGAGGUGGAGAUGGAGAUGGGGCCAGCUGUCAUCAUCAUGAAGCCCAUCCUGCGGUUCCUGCAGCUGCUGUGUGAGAACCACAACCUGGACCUGCAGAACUUUCUGCGUUGUCAGAACAAUAAAACCAACUACAACCUGGUGUGCGAGACCCUGCAGUUCCUGGACAUCAUGUGCGGCAGCACCACGGGCGGUCUGGGCCUGCUGGGCCUCUACAUCAACGAAUCCAACGUCCACCUGAUUAUCCAGACCCUGGAGACGCUCACAGAGUACUGUCAGGGGCCCUGCCAGGAGAACCAGACGUGUAUCGUGACCCACGAGUCCAACGGCAUCGACAUCAUCACGGCUCUGAUCCUGAACGACAUCAGUCCUCUGUGUAACUAUCAGAUGGAGAUGGUGCUGCAGCUGAAGGACAACGCCUCCAAGCUGUUGUUGGCUCUGAUGGAGAGUCGUCAUGACAGUGAGAACGCAGAGAGGAUCCUGUUCAACCUGCGGCCACGAGAGCUGGUGGAGGUGAUAAAAAAGGCCUGCCAACAGGACAGCGAGUGUGAGGACGUGGAAGUUUCUCCUCGGGAAGUUGGACACAACAUCUACAUCCUGGCUCAGCAGCUGGCAAGACACAACAAAGUUCUGCAGAACCUCCUGAAACCCCCAAAGAAGUGUGCAGAGGAAGAGGAGGGCAUCUCCUCCAUGCUGAACCUGAACAACCGGCCUCUGUCCCAGAUGUUGAAGUCCAGCGCUCCGGCUCCGGUGGUGGAGCAGGACCCGCUGGAAUACUACGAACAGCUGACUGCACAGAUAGAGAUUGUGCGCGACGACCGCAGCAUGGAGCAGAUCGUGUUCCCCGUCCAUCCCAUCUGCGAGUUUCUGACCGAGGAGUCAAAGAUCCGAGUCUUCAACACCACAGAGCAGGACGAGCAGGGGUCCAAGGUGACGCACUUCUUCGAGCAAACGUCCUUCCUGCAUGGAGAGAUGAAGUGGCAGAAGAAGCUGCGGAGUAUGCCGGUGUUGUACUGGUUUUCCAGGAGGAUGAGUCUGUGGGGGACCAUCUCUUUUAACCUUGCCGUCUUCAUUAACCUCAUCAUCGCCUUCUUCUACCCCUACGACUCCGGCCAAGGAGCGAUCGACGACUCGCUGUUGCUGAUGCUGUUCUGGAUCCUGGCCGGUCUCUCCGUCUUGGGCUUGUUCUCCCAGCGUUACGGGCUGCAGCCGCUCACCAUCGCGCUGAUCCUCCGGUCCAUCUACCACCUGGGCAUCGGCAACACGCUCAUCCUGCUCGGAUCUCUCAAUCUGCUCAAUAAGGUUGUGUUCGUGGUGAGUUUCGUGGGGAACAACGGGACGUUCAUCAUGGGCUACAAGGCCAUGGUGACGGACGUGGAGUUCAUUUACCACCUGGUGUACGUUCUGACCUCCACUCUGGGACUCUUCGUUCACGAGCUCUUCUACAGCAUCUUGCUGUUUGACCUAAUCUACCGGGAGGAGACGCUGUUCAACGUCAUCAAGAGCGUGACUCGUAACGGACGCUCCAUCCUGCUGACGGCGCUGCUCGCUCUCAUCCUCGUCUACCUCUUCUCCAUCGUGGGUUUCCUCUGCUUGAAGGAGGACUUCAUCAUGGAGGUGGACCCGCUGCUGCAGAUUGCUUCAGCUCCUCAGAGUGAAGCUUCUCAGGAUUUCCUGAAGUCGUGCUCUGGAGACGGAGUUAGCUGCACCGCAGAAACGAGUCCCGAUGCCGACGCUGAGGAGGAGGAGGCGUCCAGCUCGGAGCGAGCAUGCGACACCCUUCUGAUGUGCAUUGUCACCGUGUUGAACCACGGACUGAGGAACGGAGGAGGAGUCGGUGACGUGCUGAGAAAACCGUCCAAGAACGAGCCGCUGUUUCCCGCCCGCGUCGUUUACGACCUGCUGUUCUACUUCAUCGUCAUCAUCAUCGUCCUCAAUUUGAUCUUCGGCGUCAUCAUUGACACGUUUGCCGACCUGAGGAGUGAGAAACAGAAGAAGGAGGAGGUGCUGAAGACCACAUGUUUCAUCUGCGGUCUGGAGAGAGACAAGUUUGACAACAAGACGGUAUCCUUUGAGGAGCACAUCAAAAUGGAGCACAACAUCUGGAACUACCUGUACUUCAUCGUGCUGCUGUGCGAGAAGAACAAGACGGACUACACGGGGCCGGAGAGCUACGUCGCCCACAUGAUCAAGAACAACAACCUGGACUGGUUUCCACGCAUGCAGGCGAUGUCACUGGUGGUAACCGACGGCGACGGCGAGCAGAACGAGAUGAGGAUUCUGCAGGACAAACUGGUGUCCACCAUGAACGUGGUGACGACUCUGACCGGCCAGCUGACGGAGCUGAAGGAGCAGAUGACGGAGCAGAGGAAGAGGAGGCAGAGGAUGGGCUUCGUGGACGUCCAGGCGGGGGGGAGUGCCGCGCUGCCACCCAGCGCCGCCGGAGGAAACCACCAGAUCUACAAGACAUAGAGACGCCCGCCAAGCGCAGUUCGGGUCGACGUCUGCGUUGAUGAAGCGCCCGGCCGGACUACCGGAGGGGGGCGCUGACCUACGGCCGCUUUAGUUCGUUCACAUGUGUGUUUAGCUCACAUCCAGCUCGUGUUCACGGUAACAGAAUCCCAGACUUCACAACAAACCAGCAGAACGUUCAAAAAAAGACAAAAGCGAGCAGUUAUUGAGUUGAAUUUUUUUUAUACAACCCUUAAAUGUUCCCGUAAACGCGUACCGGGCCUCAGAGGAAGCUGCUGCAGCCUUCAGCUGAGUUUAGGGAUUUGAAGAUAAUGUAAAUAGAAAACUAUUUUAGUCUGUGUACGUGGAGAAACUUGUAGUUUUUUAUAGUAACUUAAACUGUCGUUGUGGUUCUGUAGUGAUGUAUUUAAGGAGAGCGAAGAUCUGGUGUUUGUGAUGCUGAUGGAGCAGAAGGACAAUAAAACUUUGUUUGAGAA